CAUUUCCUCCAAACCCCCGAUGACCGGAGCUUGUAUCAUUUAAUUAAUCCCUAACAUGACGUGCUCAAAGGCAGGUAGAGAAAACAGGGAGUUGGCGAGGAAGGAGGACCAUUACGCAGGUUUGUCAUGACAUCACCAUGGGCUGGCUAUAAAGCGGUGAGGACUAAUACACAGAGUUAGAAGAGCACUUGAGGAGCCUUGGAGUAAAGGACGGACUUGAAGCCUUUUAUGUUUAACAGCUGAUUGUCUGCUACAGCCGUUCCUCUUUCUGAACUUCAGCGCAGAGGAAUCCCUUAGAGAAUACAAGACUUGUCAAAAUGAACUUGUCGUACUUGGUAGCUUGUGGACUUAUGGUCACCCUGCUUUCAGUAAGGAUGGGGGCAAAACCUUUAUCUCAGGCACAGCAGAAGUCUCUUAGAAGUUUGCUGGGGGAGGAGCUGGCAGAGUUUCUGGAGUCGGAGGAGAGGGAGAGGCGGCUAGACACUGUGCGCUCAAGGAUACGGUUACUGCGAGAUUUACGCAUGGACACCCGGGCCAGAGGGAUGUGGGCUCGACUCCUUAACGACCAGCCCGCACCCAGGAGACACAAAACUGGAAACAAGAAAGGGGGGUCCACAUCGCGGAGUGGCUGCUUCGGACACAAGAUGGACAGGAUAGGGACCAUCAGCGGCAUGGGUUGCUAGGGUUGGAGCAGCGCUGUGAUGAUCUCUGGACGAUGGGUUUGGACAACAAAGGUUCAGUUUGUUCUUACCUGAGGGGAAAAAAACAAAAAAACUCAUCAAGUGACAGAUUUUCGGUACGAAAGUCACCAUGACCAGCAUAGAGAGAGACUGAGAUGACAAUGCUA